AUGAGGCGGGUUUUUUUGAUCGAAGAUGACCUCCUACUUCUCAGUGCGGUUCAGGACAUCACUCCCUUUGCUGACCGGCCGCUCUGGGCAGCGGUUGCAAGAAAACUAAAUGAAGCAGCCGGCAACGCGUUUACGGUCCGCGCCGUCCGGGCUCGAUGCGAUCGUUUGAUAGCCCAGUUCCGUUGUCAAGACCGCAAGAAUCUGCGCAAGUCGGGGACCGAGCAGCAAUACGCGAAAAAAGAAAAGUUGCUCCAGGACAUCUCAGACUUGGCCACAGAAUUCGGACACCUGCCGAAAGUGCUGCCAAGGCGGGCCGCCACAAGUCCUACAGAAAUCACGCACACGGAGCGAAUGCAGGCCGCCAGUCCGGGGUUGAGUGCGGCUGCGAAAGUGCGCGCGGUACACGCGAUGAGAGACGCUGCCACCUCUGCUGCAUGUGAAGAACAUGUUGCAGCAGCAGCUGGUCACCUGGUGGACGGAAAUGGGCAGCCAUCGUGCUUCAAGGACCACCCUGACUUGGUGCCCUCUGUGUUCAACUACGCAAGAGCCCCUGGCGAGUCCGCAGUACAGUCGCAAGACCCCUUCAUGGAGAGGCACGAAGUUAUCAUCGAAAUGAAGCGGAGCCACAAAAACUAG